ACACAGCAAAGAACCAGAGGAGGAGGAAACGUAGAGAAGCCACAGCAAGGAAGCCGCAGCGCCGUCUGCAACACCACACCGUCCUCCCCUCCCAGAAGAAGUCUCACGACAAGUUCAUGGAGCAUCUCCCUCUUCAACCCCCUGAUUUAGAUCUCCAUAGAUGUCCUGCUCUUUCAGAGGUGGUGGAGGAAAUGAGAGCCAUAGGGAAGAUAUCUAUCCCCACGGCUCUCACUGGCCUCGUUCUUUACUCGCGCGCCAUGGUGUCGAUGCUUUUCCUUGGCUUUCUCGGGGAGCUCGAGCUUGCAGGCGGCUCUCUGUCGAUCGGGGUUGCUAAUAUCACGGGCUACUCCGUCCUCUCCGGCCUCGCCAUGGGCAUGGAGCCCAUAUGCGGCCAGGCAUUCGGCGCGAAGCAACGCAAGCUCCUUGCUCUCACUCUGCAACGGGCCAUCCUGCUUCUCCUAUCCGCCUCCCUCCCAAUCUCCUUCCUGUGGCUCAACAUGAAGAGAGUCCUCCUGUGGUGCGGUCAGGACGAGCAGAUUUCCUCCGCCGCCCACGUCUUCAUCACAUUCGCCAUUCCUGACCUGUUCUUCUUGUCAUUUCUGCACCCUCUUCGCAUCUAUCUGAGAUCUCAGAACAUCACUUUUCCGAUCACGUACUGCUCGCUCGUCUCCGUCGUCCUCCACGUGCCGCUGAAUUAUAUCCUGGUGGUGCAUCUCAAAAUGGGCAUCGCGGGCGUGGCCCUGGCGAUGGUCUGGACCAACUUGAAUCUCCUGAUUUGCUUGCUUCUCUUCGUCCUCUGCUCCGGCGUGUGCAACGACUCGUGGGUGAGCCCGAGCAUGGACUGCCUUCGGGGGUGGUCGAAGCUGCUGAAGCUCGCCGUGCCGUCGUGCGUGUCCGUGUGCCUCGAGUGGUGGUGGUACGAGUUCAUGAUACUCUUCAGUGGCCUGCUCGCCAACCCCAGGGCAGCUGUCGCUUCCAUGGGGAUACUGAUCCAGACCACGUCGUUGGUGUACGUCUUCCCGUCGGCGUUGAGCCUUGGGGUGUCGACCCGCGUCGGCAACGUGUUGGGCGCGAAUCGUCCCGCCAAGGCCCGGACGGCGACUCUGGUAUCGUUGGCGUGCGCCGUGGGGCUGGGACUCGCAGCGAUGGCAUUCACGACCUUGAUGAGGCAUCGGUGGGGAAGGCUAUUCACCACCGACGCGGAGAUUCUGAAGCUCACGUCUGUGGCUCUGCCGAUUGCGGGGCUGUGCGAGCUGGGGAAUUGCCCGCAGACCACCGGGUGUGGCGUGCUAAGGGGGAGCGCGAGGCCGAGCACCGGGGCUAACAUCAAUCUGAGCUCCUUCUACUUGGUCGGAAUGCCCGUGGCCGUACUGCUGGGUUUCGUCGGGAAAAUGGGGCUCCCGGGCCUAUGGUUGGGGUUGCUGGCGGCGCAGACAUCAUGCGCGGCCCUCAUGGCAUACGCACUGGCCAGAACGGAUUGGAUGACGGAGAUGGAGAGAGCUACGGAAUUGACAAAAGCUUCGAGCGCUCCUCCUCCUCCUCCUCCUCAACUCAUUCCUAUUACUGCAGACACCAGCGGCGAUGGCAGUGGACGAUCACCUUCUCUCGUAGAAGACCGAGAGAGGGCAGGGAAACCGUGCAUGAAACAUGACGUGGAGGGAGCAAGUGCUGCUAGUUCAGAAACAGAUCAUCUCAUUGACUGUGCCGGAUGAGUGGGGUUCAUCAGUUCUUUCGAGACGAGGCUUUGUAAUCUUAUAUUCUUGCCCUCAAAACUUUUCCUUUUGUUGUUUUUUGUAAUCUGAUGAAUGAAUGGAGGAUAUACAUGACAUUAAGUUUUGCAUC